AUGCAGCCCGGGGGACUACUGAGGCGCCUCAACAGUCCAUUUUCCUCCAUCCCUGUCAACUCUCUCGCUCGUAGGAUUCGCUCUGGAGAGGAUCUUCAGUGCGUCGCCGUCCAUCGUGGUGGAGGAGGACUACAGCUGCACCCCGGGGGAAUCCUCUUUGAUUGUUUGCAACACCAGGGGCGCUGUGACCCAGCUAAUAUUUUCCUCCCCUCCUCAUGGCUUCUCUCCCCAUUCGUGGCUUCUCUCCCCCUUCGUGGCUUCUCUCCUCUCCCCCCUUCGUGGCUUCUCUCCCCCAUUCGUAGCUUCUUUCCUCCACCCACCCACACCCCUCUCAUUCCCAUCGCUCAUGGCUUCUCUCCCCCCUUCGUGGCUUCUCUCCCCGUUGCCAGGUCUCUCUACGCCAUGUCUGACGUGCCAUCCGAGAUUCUCCUUCUCUCCCCCUCUCGGGCUUCUCUCCCCCUCAACCCCUCCCCCCUCUCCCUCGUGGCUUCUCUCCCCGUUGCCAGGUCUCUCUACACCAUGUCUGACGUGCCAUCCGAGAUUCUCCGCCUCUCACGCCUCGAAUCACUGUGA